AGGAAUCCAGCCGACCUGCGCCCCGUUCACCUCAAACCUGCAGCAGCUGGCGCGACAUGAGCCUGCGGGGACGAGUUGGCGGAGGUUACUCAAAGACGAGAGUGGAUAAAGUCGAGCACAGGUUAUACUUCAGCACUCUUACCCGAUAAACACAAAGAAGAACGGGUGACAGUUAAGUGUCUUCUGAAGAUGAAGAGCAGAUUAAAUUUAUUUAUUUAAUCAUGUCCACAAUCUUUAAGAGUUGGCCGGCUGAGCUGUGUUAGAGAAACAAAGCACGGCGGAAAGCUGCGGCCUCCUUUAAGCUGGCUAACCUGCUGGACGAGGUGAUAAAGUAUCUGGAUGAGCAGCAGCCUGGCGGGCUAACACACACUAACUCUGUUUUCACCACAAGACGAGGCAGCAAACAUCAACCAGCUCCAGCUGAGACACAAAGCAUCUGUCCUCCAUGGCUUCGUCAGAGGUGAGCAUGCAGGACAUGAGCGAGGUCGUGAUCGUCACCAUACCAGAGACGUCAGGCGAGGACCUCCCGUCUGUGGUGGACGAGGAUAAAGCAGUGCUGGUGACAGCUGAGCUGACCCCUCAGCCAGGGGAGAGCAUCCUCACAGUCGCACCAGUGGAAGCAGAAGCUGAGGGCAGCAGGGCAGACUCACUGUUGAAAGAAGAGGCAGUCAUUGUAAAGUUAACUGAGGAGGUGGACGUGGAGGCUGAUGUUUUCUACCCAAUCACCUGUGGAGAUGCCAAAGCCACGCUGGUCUGGAAGAAGUUUGUCUGCCCUGGGAUCAAUGUGAAAUGUGUCCAGUUCAAUGAGCAGCUCAUCAGCCCGAAGGAGUUUGUAUGUUUAGCGGGGAAAUCCACUCUGAAGGACUGGAAGAGAGCCAUCCGCCUCAACGGCACCAUGCUCAGGAAGAUCAUGGACUCUGGUGAACUGGACUUCUACCAGCACACCAAGGUCUGCUCCAACACCUGCCGCAGCACCAAGAUAGACCUGGUGGGAACCAAAGUGUCCAUCAGCAGCGAACAGUCUGCUGAACUGGUCCCUGCCACCCCCUCAUCAGCUGACUUGAACGGAGCAGCAGCCUCCUUUCCAGAGGUGCCAGAGGAAACUUCAGAGUGGGUCACAGCCAUCGGAGAGGACUCUGUGACGUUCUGGCGUGCGGUGAAGGAGGCGGGGCUGCUGGACGAGGUGGUGGACGACUUUCAGAAAGAGAUGCAGGAGGUGCUGAAGGGGCUGCAGGAGAGGGUGUGUGACCCACCACUACAGGUUAAAGAUGCGGUUUUGCUGAACAAUAUUGUGCAGAACUUUGGGAUGUUGGACUUGGUGAAGAAGGUUCUGGCCAGCCAUAAGAGCCAGAUGGACCGCUACAGAGAGCAGUACACUCGCAGCCUCGCUGCUCUGGAGCAGCAGUGUGAUGAGCACAGGAAGCGAGCCAAAGAGCUGAAGAGCAAAUCCCAGCACCUCAACAACGUCCUAAUGACCCUCACCCCAGUGCCUGCUCCCCCAACACCCAAGCGGCCCCGGCUGACCCGAGCCGUCUCUGGCCCAGCCUCGGUCAACGCUGCUCCCACCCAGAUCACCCUGCCUCUCAAUCAGCUCACCAGCCUGCCUCUGGGCAAGGUGUUGACCGUGGCUGGAGGCCAAACUGGCACCAACCUGGGCGGGUACACACUGCUGACCUCCUCGCUCUCUGGGUCGGAGCUGGCACCCGAUGCUUCUAACCUGACCGUGCUGUCCACGGCGGCGGGUCAGGAGGGCGCAGCCGGUGCUGCUGGCUCAUCGGCCUUCGUUAAGGUGGUCGGCCCUCAGUUCCAGCUGGUGACGCUGCCGGCUGCGCUGCAGAGCUUGGCCACCACGCAAGGCACCACUCUCCAGCAACAGGUCGGCAGCAUAAGCGUGGUGGACGCCACGGCAACAAUUGCAGAGGAUUCACAAGAGGAAGGCCAUGCUGACGGUGAAGAUGAAGGUCAGCCAGAGCAGGUUAAAGAGGACGAUGGAGAGCAGCCUGCCGAGCAGCAGUGAGACAAAAGACAGCUGGACUGAAUGUUCAUCUCCUGUGAGGACUGAGGACUCGAGCACAUUUCAAGUUUCACAGAUCGUUUCAUGCUUUGUGUUCAGUUAAAACACAAGCCUUCCUUUUGUAGAUGUCAUACAAAAUGUAUAGAGUGAGAUCUGCGUGUGUGUGUGUCAGCAGUGAUUUGACUGUAAAUAUGUUUUUGUAACUAAUAUAUUUGAUACAGCUGUUUGUGUAGAGAUGUAGGGGGAAAGAAGUGUGGAGAAUAAACGCUCAGUUUUCAAGAA